AUGGCCGCCAGAGGGGAAGCCCCCACUGUGCUCCUUCUCGCCACUGAGGCUGACAGCGAAUGGACCAACGGAAGCAGCGGCGGUGCGGGCACUGGGUCCGGCAACGCCUCCCUAGACACUCGCUCCGACUACGCGAGCUCUGCGCCCGGUGCGGGUGGCGGCGGCGGCGGCGAUGACAGCAGCAGUGGUGAUAAUUUCUCGUCGUCGUGUGUUACGGCAGCAUCUUCGGUGUUUGUCGACGACCACGCCGGUGGCGUCGGAGGCGAUAAUGGUGCGCGUGAGGGCAGCCGGAGCUCCAUUCCCGUAUCCGGCGGCGAUACUGGGGUUGCCGACGGGAAAGCCGGUGAUGGUGCCAAAAAGAUGUCCAACGUUGCUGCAGUCGCUAGUGCUGCUGCUGCCCCGGAUAUGCCGGCGCCAUCCUCCGUACGGUCGCCGUUACCCCUAUCAGCAUUCGCGGCUCCGUCUUUGGCCGACACCGAGGAACUUCGGGACCUCCGGCAUCAUCAUCAUGACGUUACAAAUGCCGCCGGCAAAGCUGAACGGCCGGAAGGAGUGGCAAUUGACACCGGAAGAGCUGGAUCUACUUCAACAAGCACCAACGUCAGCAGUAGGAUCUCACUUGCCAGAAAGGCUUCCAGCAGUGGAGACACGGGAGACACCGAGCGCAGUGGCGGCAAUCAUUCCGACUACGGCGGCGGCGACCACGACGACAGCAGCGGUAGAAAGGUCCGAAGCGAAGGAGAAGAGGGAGAUGACCCGUCCGGGUGGGGCGGUCUGCUGGAGGUGAACGUCCGGUGCUCUGGAUCGGGGAACUGUCCCCUUCACGAAGCGGCCGCUUCCGGCAAGGUCGGGGCCGUGCUUUCCCUGCUCGACCUCGGAGCGGACGUGUCCGUGGCAAACGGAUGCGGCGACACGGCUCUUCACGUGGCGGUGGGACCCAAUGCACCCCGUGACCCGAUGGACGAGGGCCACUUGUGGGGAUCGACGCUGGCGUCGACAUCGCUAUCGACCUUGUCGACAACUUCGUCCUCAAUGAUCGUGGGCACCACUACCGCUACCGCUACCAUUUCUGGCGACAGUAGAGGAAGCGGUGAAGCGCAGGAUGCGAUGGCACUCUGCGACGACGAAGGGAGGGGACCUACCACGCAGGCGAGGAAGGGGCGGCUCGACAUUUAUCGAAAAGCGACGCUUGCUCUAAGGAAGUCCUCCAAGGGCAAGGAGCAUGAGGAGCUGUCCGACCUCGGGCACAUAGCCAUCCGCGAGGGCCAUGUCGCGUGCCUUCGUGUUCUCACCGAGAGCUGUAGUGAACAGCUGCCUGUUGUCAGUGGUUUCUUGUUUACCUUCUGUGAUUAUUCCGCUGUACUCCACGAAACUUGCACCAUUUCUUUCAAUAUUGCGACCAACACCAACGACAACGACGACGAUGUCGCCGAUAACGACUACAACAACAACAACACCAACAAUGACAAGGAGGUCCUGGCUUGGACAGAUGAAGAGGGGGUCCCCGCACUCGCCCUAGCGGUGGCACGUGGCCAGCACGAGUGUAUUGACAUCCUUCUCAAAGGUGCCAGCCCGACAACGCCCUGCGGAGGUGAUGGCGGCAGUGGCGGCGGAAACACGGUGCUGCACGUGACAGCAAUGGCGCGUGGGGGAGUCCCGGUGCUGAAGAGGCUCAUGUCUCCCAAGGGGGGAGGGGAACCGUUCGACGUGGGGUGGCUGGAGUAUAGGAACGGUUUGGGGGAUACCGUCCUCAUGGCCGCAUUGAGGGCGGGAAGACACUCAGCUGCUCUGCUACUGCUUAAGGCGCUCGCAGUGCCCACUGCGGCGGCUCACACUUUCCGCUACGCCUGGGUUAUCGCGGCCGCACUAAGGUUGUCGGAGCUGUGCCCAUGUCCUUCCUGUGUGCUAGGAAGAACGGCGGACGAGAGAGCGCGGCUGUGCAGCAAGAUCGCCCCUAAGCCAACGCGGCCGGGAGAACAGCCCCAGGGCUCUCACGCCAACCCACUGAGCAGUGCUGGAGCAUCCGCGUCUGCUGCACACCGUCGGCUUUCAAGGGCCAACUCCAUCGCUAGCAAAGAAGUGUUCCACCUAGCCACAUAG